AUGAUGAAAUUAAUCCUUUCUCUCCUUCUCGUCUCUCUUCUUAAGGCAGAUGAUGACUUUCUCCCUCCCCUCAGAGAUCUACAAGGCAGCUCUUACUCUGGGGUAUGUGCAGGCAAGACUAAUUGUUACGCAGUUUUCUUAGACACUGCCCAUGUUGCAGGCCAAAUACGCUGGAAUGAAAUGCCUCUAUAUCAAUCUACAGCUUCUCUUUGGCCAUCCUCAAGCUGGGCUUAUGCAAACUCUCAAGCAGCAACCUUCUUAUGGUGGCUUAUGGAAGCAAGAUCAAAGGGAGUCAACAAUAUUCUAGCUUGCAUAAAUAUCUGAGAAUUACUAGCAAGGCUGCGCCUUACUUUUUAAUUUUAAUUAUAAUAUUAAUUUGCUAGAAUAGUGAAUAUUUAUGCUUAAAGGCUUAUAAACUACAAUAGAUGGAUUAGCUUUUACUCAAUUGAAAAAGCUGUUCUUUCAAGUGGAAACGGAAUAAACUGUCAAACUCCUUCAAGUUCUGGCUCAAUGAGAUAUAAUUUCCAUGAAGCCUUGGAUUUGGUCAGCACUUCCAAUUACUUUUAUGACAAUACUAAUUGGUCAGAUAGAUUGGAUAUAACUAAAGCCUGCAAUACAACUUAUUUGAACUCUGUUAAUACAACUGGCUAUAAUCCUUAUGUCUGGACAAUUUAUAUGGCUGGCAAUUUUACAACUGCAAAAAAUCCAUAUGCAGGGAUAUCAACUGGAUUAAGUUCAUACGGACUUGGGUUAGUAAGUAUUCCAAUGGAUUAUGAUAUGUGCUGUUCAGGUGCUACCUAUUAUAGUGAUGGAAUUUAUAAUCCAACUAAUACCACUAUGUUUUAUGAUGCUGCAACGGUAUGGGGUGUAUGGAAAGACACCAAUAACAAGAUUUGGCUUGGCGUUUAUGCUAUUGGAGCUUAUAACAAGAGUAACAAGUAUCUUUGGGUACCUUUAAGUAUCGUUUCAAGGCCUUAUACGAUCAGCUGGUUUCAAAAUGUCUACCUUCAAGAUACUUCAUUAUGGUAA